UCUCUGGUAGUGUUUCGGUGGCUGUCGGGUUGUUCACCGGUGCAGGGUGUCGGCGUCGCUUGGUGGGCACCGAGGUGACGGAGCGAAAAGCGGGAGGAGAGAAGUUGGGCCCGCUGCCCAGAGGCGGCUGUGAGGCCCCGUGCGCACGUAGUUGACGGCGGUGCCCUAGUUCCCGCCCCGCUCGCCGCCUCUCCCGGCUCGGUUCUUCCCACCGGCCGGUGACCGAGGUGGCCCUGAUGAGGCCGGCUCAGGGUCCCAUGGCAGUGGCAGAAAUGCUUAUGGACCCUGUACAGUUUUGGCAGGACCGUGUGGUCUUUGAGGACGUGGCUGUGUAUUUCUCCCAGGAGGAGUGGGGCCUCCUUGAUGAAGCUCAGAGACACUUGUACCAUGCUGUGAUGACGGAGAACUUUGCACUUGUGACCUCCCUAGGUUGUUGGCAUGGAGUCCAGGAUGAGGAGGCACCUUCUGAGCAAAGUGUUUCUGUAGGGAUGUCAGAGGUUGGGACUCCAAAGCCAGAUCCAUCCACCAAGAAGGGCCAGCCCUAUGAGAUGUGUGACCCACUGUCCAAAGACCUUUUGCACCUACCUGAGCAUGACGGAAUGUACCCUGAUGAAGGGCUAUAUAUUUGUGGGGCAAACCUUUUCCAGCAGCAGAAGGAGCAGAUUAGAGACAAACUUUCCAGAAGGGAUGAGGGGCAGCCUUCAUGUCUUACCAACAGCAGCAUUCACUCGGCAGAGAGGACCUUGACAUGCAGCAGAGACGGAAAGGACUUCCCAGGCAGCACAGGCCUUCUGCAGCAGCCGGCCCCUCACAGUGCGGGGAAGCCACACAGGGACACUGAGUGUGGGGAAGCUUUUGAUAGUGGACAGAGUGAUUACAGGUGCACUCAGUGUGGGAAAGCCUUCCGUCAAAAACAGAUCCUUGUUGAGCACCAGAAAAUCCACACUGGUAUAAGGCCUUAUGAGUGCAGCAAAUGUGGGAUGGCCUUCAUUAGAAAGUUUCACCUUGUUCAGCACCAGAGAAUCCAUACUGGAGAAAGGCCUUUUCAGUGCAGUGAAUGUGGGAAAUGCUUUAGGUACAACUCCACACUCGCUAGUCAUCAGAGAGUUCACACUGGAUUGAGCCCUUAUGAAUGCAGCAAAUGUGGGGAAUUCUUCAAGUACAAUGCCAACUUCAUGAAACAUCAGAGAAAACACAAUGGAGAAAGGCCUUAUGAGUGCAGAGAAUGUGGAAAAUUCUUUAGGUACAACUAUAGACUGAUAAGACAUGGGAGAGUUCACAGUGGAGAACGACCUUAUAAGUGCAGCGAAUGUGGGAAAUUUUUCAGGUACAGCUCCACAUUCAUUAGACAUCAGAGAGUUCAUACUUCAGAAAGGCCUUAUAAGUGUAAUGAAUGUGGGAAAUUUUUUAGGUAUAAUUCCACACUCAUUAAACACCAGAGAGUUCACACUGGAGAAAGGCCUUAUGAGUGCACUGAGUGUGGGAAAUUCUUUAGGUACACAUCCACCCUCAUUAGACAUCAAAGAGUUCAUACUGUAGAAAGGCCUUAUGAGUGCAGCUUGUGUGGGGAAUACUUUAAGUCCAAGUCCAAACUCAUUAAACAUUGGCAAAAUCACACUGGAGAAAGGCCUUACGAGUGCAGUGAAUGUGGGAAGGCGUUUAGGUACCACUGCAGACUCACUAGACAUAAGAGAGUUCACAGUGGAGAGAGGCCUUUCGAGUGCAGCGAAUGUGGGAAAUUCUUUCGGUACAACUCCAACCUCAUUAAACAUUGGAGAAAUCACACAGGAGAGAGGCCUUAUGAGUGCAGAGAGUGUGGGAAAGCCUUUAGCCACAAGCAUAUACUUGUUGAGCAUCAGAAAAUCCAUACCGGAGAAAGGCCUUAUGAGUGCAGUAGAUGUCAGAAAGCCUUCAUUAGGAAGUCCCACCUUGUUCAUCACCAGAAAAUCCACAGAAGACAAUAUGAGUGCUGUGAAUGUGGGGAAUUCUUUAGAUACAACUCCAACCUCAUGAAGCAGAGAAUUCACAGUGGUAAAGGACUUAUGAAAGGGCCUACUGUAUAGCACAGGGAACUAUAUUCAAUAUCUUGUAAUAACUUAUAAUGGAAAAGA